UUUUGGGUUGGACACCAGUGGAAUAAAACCGGAAGUCCAUCAUCAUGGAGCAACUGGAAUAGUCCUCCUUCUAAACCCAGUGCAAUAUGUGGUAGUGUGUUGUUACAUACACCAUAUACAUGGUAUGCAAUGGAAUGCACUUUCAAAUUACCAUUCAUCUGUGAAAUUCGAAAUGGUAGCUGUCGUUAUGCAGAGGUUAAGAAUGCUAUCCUACGUGAGACUUACAGUGCCCAUCGCAUGCAGGUCUCUGUGAAACAGUGUAAGCAUAUAUGUGAAGAAGGAACACUUGGUUUUACCUGCAGGUCCUUUGUUUGGAAUAUCAAACACAGCUACUGUCAAUUCAGCAAGGGUAAGCUGUGGAUGACUGUCAAUUACACAUUGGAACACCAUGAGAAUUGGAAUUAUUAUCAGAAAAACUGCACCACCAAAGUUAUUAUCAUCGAAGAGGAAGCUAUUAAAAACAACACUGAGAUAAUGUCUAUGUUAAGUGCCUCUUCUCUUGUACAAUGGAUACCAACCAGUAGCAUUCCGGAAUCAUUGACAGAACAUCCAGUCAUGAGCAUUUCUGAUUCAGUGUUAUUUCCUGCUGCAGAGACUCCUUCAUUGACAGAUGAAGUUGCUGUACCAUCAUCAGACUUCCUAUCAGAAAGCUAUCAUCCCGUUAUAGAAUCUUCAUUGUUUCCUUUCACUUUAUGGCCUUCGACUUCUGAACCAGUUCAACUUUCAACAAGUUUCACAUUGCUUUCGUUAGAAACAAGUAAAUUACUUUACUGCACAGAAAUAUGCUUUGACAACAUGAGCGUAACUCUUGUUCUCUCAAGCAGCAGUGUUUUCUGGCCUACUUCCUCGUCAAGUUCUUUGGAUGAUAAAAACACUUCAAUAGAUGAGCUGUUGGCCGAUAUGCAAAGUAUGAACCAGCGACUUAAAGAUAAGGCAAAAACCUUGAAGAAAAUCAGCAUAGAAGACAACAGAGUUUCGUCCAUCUCAAUUGGAACAUUGGGUAUAAUUAUUAUGAUAUCUAUAUUUGCACUUGUGGUUGCACUUGAUAUAUUUACUCUGAAAUGUCGUUGUUCAAAAGUAAAAAACAAAAGGAAAUGCAGUAUGCUUCCUUUUGAAGAGAACCCACAACACAAUGAUGCUAAUGAUUUCACUAAUAUUCGCAGGCCUUCUUCUUUGCAUUCGAUUAAAACAAUUGACCAUGGAAAAGAUGAUAACACAGAAGGAGAGGAGCUGGAAAUUUCUACUAAGUUCUAAAAUUUAAAGGGUCUUUACUGAUUUUGUAUAUUGUUAUAGGACCAGGCCAUAAAGGAAAGAAGAUCAGAUAAUUUAAUCAAUCUGCCACAACAACAAAAAAACAAAAAAAUACCUCACUGACUGACACUACUUACUGAGUCUGUCCACUAUUUAUUAGUAGUGGACCAGCCCACUUCUCACCUGGGGGCGUCCACCACAAUAUAUAACUGCUACUUAUUAUGGAAAAACUCAGUGGAAUUUGACUAUUGAUAUUACAAAGAUGAAUGUAAAUAAAGUAAAACUUGCCCAUUUUUGCUAUGCUGUUGUCCUCCUGAAGAUAGCUGUCAUUUUUUUUUUAAAGUUUUUCUAUAGACUAUAGAUUUAUUGGCAAAGGAGAUGGCUAGAUGUUCAUAUCUUUCUCAAAGGCAUUUGCUGCAUAAUUGAGGGAAUUGAUUCAGCUAGGAUCAUCACCAUCACCAUUUUGGGAAUCAAAUUUGAAAAAGACUCACAAAUUUGAUUCCUGAAAUCAUGAUGAUGACAAUGAAGAAGAAGAAAAAGAAGUCAGAUCUUGGCUGAAAAAAAGUUGAAGAAAUUACUGAAAAUAUUUAAUUGCUAUUUAUUUUAUUAACAAGUAGUUUUCACAACUGAAUACAAAUACCAUUAUAUGUUGUGAAAGAAAAAUGAAAGAAGCAUUAGCAAAAAUGCAUAUGUAAUAUGUAUGAUACUAAUGUGGCAAUAAAUGUUAUUUUUUAACGUAAGU